AUGGCACUACUUACUGACUUAACCGACAAUUGGCAGUUCUUCUGGGUCUCCGAGGGCACGAUCCUCAAAGCGAUCAUUAAGAAACCAGGCGAAGCUUUCCAAGUGAUCAGGACACUCCUGGCGCAAUCAUUGCCUGCUGGUACGGAGAUUAAGCUCCCAUGCUUCCAAGAUCCCGUGAAGCGACUGAAGCUGAUAAAUGUUUUGCCCUCUAUCGCAGAGGCUAGUGACAGUGGCGGGAUUCGUGAGAGCAUCGAACGAUACUAUGAUAUCGCCAGUAUGCUAGGUCCCGACAUUGAGAUGGCGCGGUCUGUGGCUAGGCAGGUCACUCAAUCUAUUCCCGCGUUUAGUUAUGUCAGCUAA